AACCGCCCUCAUCCGAUCACUGUAGGACGAUUGCAAGCGGAACACGCCUCAGAUUUUAGGAUUAAAACUGACAGUUUUGGCUUUUCGUUUUCUCCCUGAUGAACUUGCAGCCAGAUGCGGAGGGCGACGCGGCGCCUUCGGCUACGGCGAAAAAGGUGACAUCUGGACUGAGGCGCCCCGACAAACCUCCUUAUUCCUACAUUGCGCUCAUUGUAAUGGCUAUUCAAAGUUCCCCAACGAGGAGAUUAACGCUAAACGAGAUUUAUCGGUUUCUCCAGGCAAGAUUCCCCUUCUUUAGAGGAUCUUACCAAGGGUGGAAGAACUCCGUUCGGCACAACCUGUCUCUGAACGAAUGUUUCAUUAAAUUACCCAAAGGCUUGGGGAGAGCAGGUAAAGGACAUUACUGGACUAUUGACCCCGCCAGUGAGUUUAUGUUUGAGGAAGGAUCUUUUCGCCGUAGACCAAGGGGAUUCAGAGGAAAAUGCCAAGCUUUAAAACCCAUAUAUCGGAUGAUGAAUGGAAUUGGAAUAGGGUCAUCUAUAUUACCGCAGAGCUUUGAUUUCCAAUCUCCAACUGGCUCCUUGGCAUGUCAAAGCAAUGGUUACAACCUAGAAAUAAUGCCGAAUUCAAUAACCACCGCGUACGACGGAUUUAACGGUGGCCAACGUACAUCACAGUCGUCUUCCAACGCUGGAUCUGCAUAUAUAACCAGCUAUCAGGCAAAGUCAAAUGGAGACUACGGUCCAAACAGAAGCAGCAGACCGCUGUCAUCACCCACCGUAUCGGCUAGUUGUGCGGAUUGUCUUUCCCCCUACGCAGGCGCUGGUGCACCCUGUGCAUCCAAUAUUAGCUCAACAUACGUAAAUCAUCAAUCUCUGGCUUCCAGCAAUCCUGUACAUUCAGGUUUCACCUCCAGCCUGCCAUCCUACGCCAUGGAUCAAAGAUGCUUCCAUCCAAACACUGGGGAAGCACCCAGUAUUGCAGGGCUCCAUAGACAUCAAUCCCACUCCUCCAUACGUGAGAGGAAAGACUUCCUUCUGAACAUAAAUAAGUUUUCCUCGUUACAUCCAUCCGCCAUUGGGUCUUACGACCAUCACCAACUGCUUCGCCAGCAAGACAUCAAGCCGUGCGCCAUAUGAGGUGGUAAAGGACCAUUAUGAAGUCAAUCGCCUUAUUUUAAAAUUGUCCUAACUUACAUUAAUCUUUAUUUUAGAAAAACAUAUAAUAUUCCUAGAGUGGCGCGGCGCACUGAAUAUUUUUGCCGUUAAAAAACCUGCCAAUUUUCAGCGAAAUGUAACCUUUUUCUGAAAUGCAUGUACAUGUGGACAUCCACAAAUACCAUUUUAUAUAUAUUCAGCCAGUUUGCCGGUGCUGGUGUUAAAGGUUUUAAUAAACUUUGCGAUUUCAA